AUGAUACUCAUCCAAUUCUUAUCUAUCUAUCUAUCUAUCUAUCUAUCUAUCUAUCUAUCUAUCUAUCUAUCUAUCUAUCUCAGUCUGUUCCUAUCUAUCUAUCUAUCAACCAAUUUCAUUGACUUACCGCCUAAAUAUGUUUUCAUAUAUCUAUCUCUCUCUAUUUGUUUGUGUAUAUCUAUCUAUCUAUCUAUCUAUCUAUCUAUCUAUCUAUCUAUGCAUGUGUGUUUGCCAAAGAGGUGGGCAAUCAUGGCUCGCUCCAACCUUCUGUUAAUAUCUAUCUAUCUAUCUAUCUAUCUAUCUAUCUAUCUAUCUAUCUAUCUAUCUAUCUAUCUCACUGUUAAUAUCUAUACAUCUCGCUCUGUUGAUAUCCAUCUAUUCUUUUCACUCUGUUACUAUCUAUCUAUCUAUCUAUCUAUCUAUCUAUCUAUCUAUCUAUCACAGAUUUUAGAGGCACCGGACGAAGAGGAAGAACGCGCACCGCAGACGACCCACCGAAAGAAGCGCUAUGUUUAUCACAGAACCGGAUCAGCCGAUUUCCAGCCCCAUAGUGUCUGGCAGGAUCGUGUAUUUUACAAACUGUCCGCGUACGGCCAUGACUUCAAGUUCAAUCUCACCUUAAACCGGAAGUUAGUGUCCAGAAAUUUUGUGGUUGAAUACUGGGAUAGCAACGGCGUGAAAAAGCGUCACUACAAUAUGCAUCGUUGCCAUUUUAUCGGCUAUAGCAGUGAACCGUAUAAAUCAGAAACUGCUUUAAGCAGUUGUCAUGGUCUGCAAGGUGUCUUCAUCACGGCAGACGAAGAUUAUUUUGUAGAACCCCUGUGGAAUCAUACGAAUAACGUAGAGCGUGAAGGAUAUCCUCAUAUUGUCUACAAGCGCUCCGCAUUGAAAUUACCUGGAGAUACGCCACACUGCGGGGUCAAAGAUAACGUAUCGAAUAAAAAUGGCGCCUGGCAUUCAAAUGCACAGCAGUCAGGUCACGGGACUUUGAAAGAAAAAUCCUAUGAAGAAGGUCACGGUGGCCGGCGAAAGAAGCGGUCAGUCAGUCGUGAACAAAAUGUGGAGACGUUGGUUGUGGCUGACCCCGCAUUUUCUUUCUUUCUUUCUUUCUUUCUUUCUUUCUUUCUUUCUUUCUUUCUGGCUUUCUUUCUUUCUUUCUUUCUUUCUUUUCAUAAAAUUUAUAUGAAAUUUUCUUUCUUUCUUUUUUUCCUUCUUUCCCAUUCUACAAUUUAUAUAAUAUUUUUUUCUGUGUUUCUUUUUUUCGUCCUACAAUUGAUAUGA